CAGCGAGCGCGGCGGGACGGACGCUGGGGGCGGAGGGCGGCGCUGGGGGCGGCGGUCAAGUCGUGCACGCGUUCCGUUUUGUCAGGUCCCAGGCGGCACCGGGCAUGGCAGUGCGGGACAGCGGGCACCGGGACGGGCUCGGAGCCGAGGAGUUCGUGUACCACGAGGAUGAGUUCAUCCUGGACGGCGUGGCGUGGCCGAGCACGGCGCUGUCCCGCUUCGACCGGGCGCUGCUGGAGGCCUGGCAGGAGCGCGAGGAGCGGGGCCUGUUCCGGUACCGGCUGCGGGAGCCGCCCACCCGCGUGCUGCCCGGCCCCAUGCGCCUGCUGGCCCAGCUCAACGUGCAGCGCGCCACGUUGCGCCGCCGGCCGCAGGAGGUUCGCAGCGUGACGGAGCCGUUCAGCGCCCGGCACUUCAACUUCACGCAGAUCCAGCCCGGGGAGCUGCUGCUGCGGCUGCGCCGGGGAACAUCGACACACGGAGACCGAGCGGCCCCGGCCGAGCUGCUGGUGGCGAUUAACGUCAGCCCGCUGCUGCGCGGCCACGUGCUGCUGCUGCCGGAGCCGGGGCUGUUCCUGCCGCAGCGCCUCACCCCGGAGCUGCUGCUGGCGGGGCUGCAGCUCGUGCUGCUCAGCGCCCGGCCCGGCUUCCGCGUGGGCUUCAACAGCCUGGGCGCCUCGGCGUCCGUCAACCACCUGCACCUGCACGGCCUGGACCUGCCGCACCCGCUGCUGGUGGAGUCGGCUCCGGCCGAGCCGCUCCGUGACCGUCUCCAUGUGCUGUGGCGGGUCCCGGCCCCGGCGCUGCUGUUCUACACCCCGGGCGCGGGGCUGGACGCGCUGGACGCUCUGGCCCGUGACGCGUGUCGGGUGUCGGAGCGGCUGCUGGCGCUGGGCCUGGCCUACAACGUGUUCGUGACGCGGGGCGCCCCGCCGGACGGCUCGGCCGGGCCCGGUCCCGGUUCGGGGCUGCGGCUGCUGCUGUGGCCCCGCAGGCCGAACUUCGAGCCCGAGGCGGAUGACGCGGUGCUGGCCGUGGCGCUGUGUGAGCUGGCCGGGUUCCUCCCGCUGCGCUCGGCCGCGGCCUUCGAGCGACUGAGCGAGGCCGAAGCGCUGCGCGCCAUCCGACAGCCCCUGCUGCCGGAACCGGAAAUGCGCCGCCUCGCCGCCGACCUGGCGCGGCUGCUGGAGGACUGAGCGCCGCUCUAGCCGACCAAUGGCGAACGCG